CUUGGUGCAUCCAGUUCGCUCGACGACUCUGCCGGCAUCAGCUGCAUUUCAAGUGCUCACAUUUCAUCGGGUGAUCGUUGGACGUUGGACGUUGACCAUCAUUCAUCACCGAUUAUAUUUGUGACCGUGGAUCGUGACCUUUUUUGUCUUCAGAUAAUUUGUGUUUUUCCAAAGUUCGCAAAAAGUUGAACCUUGGAUCGUGUAUAAUUUCUAAAACUGUGAUAGCAGAAGGACAUGAUAAAAUGUCACAAGCACAGGAGCUGAUACGCGUUGUAUUCAUUUUUGCACUGAACAAGGUGUUAAUUACCACAGCUCAAGACUAUGACGUUUCUGAAAUCCAGUGCACAUUCACAAACGAGGGUCGCUCAGGAAAGGGUUUGGUGGGAACGAGGGACUCAAUAUCGGCGAAACUACGCAAACCAGAGAGCUUCAAGGGAUCACCGUUAUUCGCAGAUGACAGAGCCGUCGACCCUCUCACCGACCUGACGUGUCAAAUCAGACCUGACGCCACUGAUCCGACCCAUCACACCUACAACCUACUCGUCAACGACUUCACUCGCUGUGGGGUGCUCAAGAGGAAUGGAUUUGUUCACGUGAGAGUUUGGUUUCCUCAAUUUCCUGGAGUAGUAAUGAUGUCAGAUCAAGAGUUGAUAAUCAUGUGCAAGCCACCUGAGCCCACAAUAAUCGAGAAUAAGGCUGCUGGAUUCGCUGGAAGUUUUCCCCAUGGAGCACGAGUGUCGGGGGUGGUCGAGGAGACGCCAGGUCGGUUGGAGUACGAGGUGGCUCUCUACAAAGAGGCUCCAGCCAGAAUCAAUAACAGUUCAAACAGUGAAUUGCCGGUCGACCAAGCCGUUCCAAUCGGUACCAAAUUACAGCUGAGGGCACGCAUCAAUCCUCAUUCAGCAUGGAAAUUCGUCAAAUUAAUGGAAGUGACCGUCUCUCCGGAUCCUGAUGAUGCUCAUGUUGCUGGGAGUGUCUCUCUUGUCAAACAAGGGUGUCGCAACAGAGAUUUCGUGACAAUAAUUCCUCAUCAACCAGCUAGGUACAGAGACAGGCAGAAUGAGGUAUUCCUGGACUUCGAGGCCUUCCUUCUCAGCAGCAUGAGAGAGCGUUCAACUCUUUGGAUACAUUCGCAAAUAAAAGCUUGUAUGGAUGCUGUUGACUGCCAACCGGAAUACUGUUUGGAUUUGUUCGAACCAUCCGGCCAUGGGAAGAGACGAAGGAGGCACGUAUCAGAUCAGUUCAUUCCCUCGUCUUACAAUGGUUCGCGGUACUCAGCUCAUGAAAAGCAGUUCACAAAGUUCAAAGAGAACAUAGAAUACACAGUUCUGAUGCCCGGAGAUCUGUACCACAGAACAGCGGCGAUGGAGAACUCGUGCAGCACAUUCCUGGUGAUCUCAGGUGCUCUGGGCUGUCUGCUGUUCUGCUCGGCGUUCCUGAUGUGCUACCUGGCUUGCCGGCUGCAGGGGGUACUGGCCGCACAGCGGAGGAGGUCCACCAUCGACCACCUUGUCAGGGACCACUCCCGCAAGCACUCGUUGGCCUCCACAUCCGUCAGUGGCUACACCGGACGACCUACCUUACAGUGAUCCACCUACAAUACUUGCUAAUUUAUGACUAGUGCAGUCUCGGACAUGAUUUAGUCUCGGGUAAAAGAUUACAGCGAUCGUGCUAGAAUACUUGUAAAUUCAUUGCUGGGUAGUAAUUACCCGGUUGGUGUAGAUGGUUAAUCUCGGGAAGAAAGGUUUGGUUGUGAAGAUGAUAUUGUAAUAUUGAGACGGCUAUUGUGCAAAACAGAUCUAAUUCCAUUCAUUUAACCGAAAACACAAAAAUAAUGCAAAGUUGUCACAGUUAGAUAAAAACAAUAAUUAUCAUUCUAAAUAGCUAUAUCAACUAUCUUAUUCUUAUACGGCUGGAGACUACUGGCAUAGAUGAACCACUUGUCUUGAAACACAGAUUGCGAGAGAAACAGAGCACAUUCGAAGUACUCUAUUCCUGCUCCUUCCACUGCAAUUUAUUUGUUUAUCUGGUAUACUCUAUUUGGAAGCAGAUAAAUACAGAUAAAUACCCACAAUCGCUUUCUUAUGGCUGUUCGGUACACUUUUUUAUAUUCAAAUUGGAUAAUCUUUUUCAAUAUAAUUGUUAAGAUCAUUAUAAGAGUGAGAAAGAGAGGCAACUGAAAUUUUUAAGUGGUCUAAUAAGCGAGUUCUGGGUUGUUGAAGAGCUAACUUUUCAGAUCCGUUUUCUUUCCAGAUCAUAAACAGUUUCGACUAUAUUAACAGAUCUUCUCCAGAAAAUUAAAAAAUGUAUCUUUCCAAACUAAAACAUUUUAUUCCCCAUAUCGUUCAUAAAUAAAAAAGUAACAUUUCUGUAAAUUCGAUAACUUGUUUAUUCUGGCAUUAAUCGCGAAAAAACGCAUACUAGAACAAAGCCAAUGAUAUACUGAAUAUAUUUAAAGAACUCCAAUGGAAAAUUCAAAACCGUUUAUGAUCUGGAAAGAAAACGGAGUUAGCACUUUCAACAACCCAUAACUCGCUUAUUAGACCACUUAGAAAUUUCAGUUGUCACUUUUUCUCACUCUUAUAAUGAUCUUAACAAUUAAAUUAUAUUGAAAACGAUUAUCCAAUUUAAAUGACAAAAAAGUGUACCGAACAGCCUUAAUAUAUAUAUAGCUUCAAUUGAAGACAUAUUUAAUAAUCAACCCAUAUAUAGAUGAAUAUAGCUCAAUGUUGACCUCUUUUUUUUUGACUCAACCAUCUAUAACAAAAGCGUGUAACAUAUAAAUAAGCAGUAGAACGUCUGUCAUCGGCUACACUAGACCACCUUUGUUAGGCCAACCACUAAUUUAACGCUUCACCAAACAAGUCCAACUGGGCAGCGAAACCUGAACGUGAGUGCCUGUACGUUUUAAACUUUCAACGAUGUAGGUGUGCAGGUGAAAGCUCUGUACAGGUGACUGAUGAAUGAUUUAUUUUUAUAAUAAAGGGUUUCAGACGAAAGCACUGUACAGAUGACUUAUAAAGAAUUGAUUUCUUUAGUUUAGAAAUGUAAUUCGUUCUGUGUGAACAGACGAUUACACCUCACUGUUGACUCAGUGUGUGUGAGCCAUCCGUCAAACCUGCAUCGAUAUGAGAAUAGUUGUGGCUAAUGUUCCAACAAAAAGCUGAAUCGAUCAGUAUAUAAAAAUAGAAUGAAUGUGAAAAAUAGUUUGAAAUAAUCUGACAGAUUUUCUCAUCUUUUUUUUACUAUUCAUACCAAUCAUGUCAUUCAGUAGACUUAGAAGAUAAUGCUUGACGGUUUCUAUUUUCUCACCUCCAAAAAUCCUUCUAUUUUUCAGUUCAAAGUAGCUUUUGUGUGUUCUUGCCUGUCCAGGUGUACUAGGAGACAAAUACCUGUUCACUAGAACCAGUUUGCUGGAACGUUUUGUUGAUGGCUGGCUAUAUAGUGAUGAAUUUGAAUGUUGUGUUAGAAUACUUGAUAAUUUAUUAAUAGUUAUGUAAUUAGUCGGUUGGUAACAAAAGCGCAUAGCUUGUAAGCAUUAGAAAGUGGUGAUAUGCUUUUGCUUUUUUGCCGAGGAUGAUUCCCUUACAAGCUCCAGACUCAUGUAUUGGUAUGGAAACGCUGUAAUGGCAGAAAUAAAGUUAUUAUUAACUGACAAAGAAUCCCAUCUAACAUGACAUGCUUUAUAAAAUUUCAAAAAUACACCUUCAAUGUGAUUUUUCUCAAUACAUUUUGUAUGAAAAAAAAUAGUAUCAAAUAGAUAUGUAAUUGGAACACUUGAAAUUCACCUUCAAAACAAUAAGUGAUAAGUAUUUGUUUAUGAAAGCGAUGAAUGUGUACAAUAAAUUCCAAUUUGUUGUAUUGUGUAUCAGUUAAGUAUUAUUGAGGGACUUAACAAACUAUUAUGAAAUUUUUGGUAGUUGAUUACUAGCUUGUGUUACUGGAAACAUUUCUAACAAGUGAUUCUAAUUAUUUUUAUGUAGUGGCACUUUCAGCGUUUCUAAUUUAAUCUUCAAGUGAUUUCGAGAAUAGUGAUGAAAAAUCCAGAACAAUCCAUUCCAAAGCAAACUGAUUUAGAUUUGUUUGAUGAUUCAUAUUUAUCUCUUAUUCAAAUGUUUCUAUUUGAACAUGGCACUUCUAGAUCAAUGUCCUGAAGAUGAAAAAUGUAAUUUGAAUCGAAAAAAAUGUAAUAAGUAUUAGCUACACAUUCAGAAUGUAUCAAUGCAUCAAUGUAAAGUUGUAUAUUAGGUCUAUGAAUGAAGAAAUUCCUUUUUUGUUUUAGUAUAAUUAAGAUUGAUAGAUAGUAGAUCUAAUCUACUUGCUUUAUGCUUGUAAAUGGGAAAAUCGACUCAUUAAAAUUGAUUUUUGUCGAGUUUCUCUCAAACAGUAAGUUCUGAAAUGAAAUAUGGUGCUUACAAUGCUAUGCAUUUUUGUUAUUUGCAACUCUAUAUAUUAUUUGUAAAUAUUGUAAAUAGUCGUAUUUAAAAGAGUAAGGCGAAUGAAUUUUCAAAGAAUCGAUGUGUUUGAUUUGAUGAAUUCUUGUUUUUUAUUUUAUUUAAAAUUCAAACGAUACUUCAUUUUGUAAAAAACUAUGAUCUUGAUCUUUUGGUAGAAAGGUACGGUUCUGGUGAAAUGAAUCAUUUGGGAAAAAUGAUGUCCAAAGUUUAAAUUAGUGUCUUGUAUGUUUUGCCUCAAUUCUUGUACCUGAAUAUUUUCAUUUCUUUUUGUAUCAUAAAAUUAUUAUAUUUUCUUGAAAAAUUUCGAA